AUGGGCUACGAGACCCGUGAAGCCUUGCACACGGCUUCUCCUCACGUCGCCGGCGAUGACGACCGUAAAGGCAGCAGCCCCGACGACAGCGCUGCAGGGGCUGGUCCGCACGACUGUCCGCCCUCCACUGGUGUAGCACAUGAGCAGCUGGUGGAUCCGCUGGCAAGCGUGGGCAAGCUUCUGCCGCCUGGCUUGGACGAGGAUGACUACGACGAGGAGCGCAUGUACUCUGAACAGAAGGAGCUACGUGACCAGCUGUAUCGGCAUCCGCAUGCCUUGACACCACCAGUGGCACGGGACGGCGCCGAUAUCGCCUCUCCGGUGUCAUCGACCAGCCCUACUCCACACGACUCGACACCAGGGUACGACGCAGCAACCGCACGGUGGCUCGCCUGCCUGCUCGCCAAGGUGCACCCAGAUGCGCUGCCGAUCGCCACACUGGAGAAAAUCUGCAAGUUACCCCUGACGGGCUCACCGAACGCGGCAGCAUCAUCACCUGCACGCGGCGGGGCAGCUGCUCGCCGGCAAGCCACGAGCACUACCUCCGCGGCCAGCAUCGGCAACUGGCCGUCUGCCACUGGAGUGAACGACUCUCCGUCGACAAGCACCGUUACCGCCUUGCCUCUGCUGCCCUCUCUCAAGUCGUCGCCAACCUCAUCGCCGCCCGGCGCGGCAUCGCCGAUGGCCGCUGGCGGGCGAAGGGACAUGCCGACUGGCAGUCCGAACAACAACGACGGCGCCGCCGCCGCCCCCGCAGCUGCUGCUGCUGCGCCCUUCUCCUCCGCCUCGUUAUCACUCCUGUUCGCCACCCUCCUCUGGGACGUCGCCUGCGCCCUGUGGAACGAGGGCUUCAUCGAGGACGCGCACCACUGGCUCUCCGUCAUGGACGUGCGACGGCUGUGGAAGCUCUACAAAGACGUGUGCCGCGGUGGCCGCCAUGAGCAGCCGUCAGCGCCGUCGCCGUCAUCGAUCUUGGUCGUCAGAGAGCCCCCCGAGGAGAGCGUGAAGAGCGGCAACCGCGCUUGUGCGCUGAGCUGGCCGGCGGUGUUGGCGGAGAGCUGCGCCGCAGACGCGUCGCUGUCCGCGCGCCGGCCAUUGCUGUCAUCGGCAGCGACGGAAAGCUCAUCAGGAAACACCGGCCAGACUAUCAGCUCCAGUGGUGCGCAGCAGGAGCACGCCGUUUCUAGCCCAGUUGCACCACAACCUCGACAAGGAAUCCUGCUCUCCGCCCUUUCUCAGGUCGGCGGGCCGCUGCCCAUGACCGACUUGGCCGCCUGCUUCACAGACCCGGCAGAACUCGAGGUCGGCAACGUGGACAAGGACGCGGUGACGGUUGCCGCGCAGUCGAGGACGGAUGAGCGCAAUGUGGGAGGCGACGCAGCAGCGAUGCAUGCAGAGGCACGAACGGCUGCACUCGCCAACUUUGUCCGCCGCCUUGCACGCCGCACGAGCGCGCUGCGUGACCUCUGCGGGCUCAUGAUCGCCUGCGAGACAGCCGAAGAUGUUUUCUACGUCCUGUACGCACUGAGCAGCGCUCUUGCGACCCAGCAGUGGAAGUACGACCAGCAGCAGGAGCGACAGCGAGCGGACGAAGCGGCAGCUGCGGCCAGAGGGGCAGCCGACACAGCGGCCGAAACGACCACGACUACUACGAACGGCGGGUUGUCUGAGCUGCUCAUCAUUGCGAACCUCCUCAUCGAACUCUUCAUCACGAAGCGGGCCCAGCAGCUGCUGUUGGAGGAGGGUGGACUGGACGAAUUCGCUUCUGGUAUCGCCACCGCACCGUCGCCAUUAGCGGCGGACGGACGUGGGGGUGGUGCGGAAGAUGCAUCGCGCAGGCUUUCACGUCAGCAGCAGCGGCGCACCGACCGUGCCAUUCGCCGCGCGUGCGACGAGGUUGUCGGCACCUUCACGAAUGGGCGCUGCCUCACCCUCUACGCACUUGAAUCCUAUGGCAUUCCUCCCCCGUGCAACGGCGACAGCAACACCGCGGAGGCGCAACUGUUGGCACCUGAGCUACCCUACGUGCUCGUGAGCAACGUGCUGAGCAGCACCCUCAACUACUCCACCCGCUACCUCUUUAGCAAGGUGUACCACGGCGUGAUGGGGUGCCGCAGCCGCGCCCCUGCAGAGCACCAUCAGGAGGCUGGGAUAGGCACCCCAUCACCAUCAUCUUCGGCAGCAGCCGCGUCCGUCCAGAGUCAUCCGAACCGCACACGACGUGCCACAGAUGCGGAGAAGGAGCGCCGCCGCGCAUGGACGAUGCCGCCUGCUGCUGCAGCGGUGUCGCCACAGAGGACACCACCAUCGCACGCACACGCCCCACCAGCACCGGGAUCCACGACCAUCACGGCCUCUGUGCAGAGCACCGCUGACGAGCUCUUCGGCCUCGUGAAGAAAACAGCGAUGAACUGGCGCGACCUUGGCAACUUGGUUCACCCCAGUGUACCCCCGCAGCCACGCAGCAGUGACAACUGUAACUACGGCUGUAAGCAUCACCACCAGGACGUGCGACCGUCCUUCAGCAUGGCCGAUGCGCCUGGCGGUGAUCCGCUGCUGAGGCGGGAAGGCGGUGGUGGCUAUGCAGAGCGUCUCGCCGCCGCGCGCCGCGAGCAUCACGCGGCCGCGGGGGACACCAGCAGCAGCAAAGAACGAGUACAACUCGGAGAGGCAAUGCCGUGGUCGGCGGGAUCACCAGCGACGGUCACCAGCAACAGCAGCAGUUUGGCGGACGCCAGCAGCACCAGCGGCGCCUACCGCGGCGGAGCCGACAGCGACCCACCGUCUACAUCGCCUCCGGGCCGGGGUGGUCGAAGCCGCGGGUGCGCGCUCAAGACGAGGGGUGUGGGGGCUGCGGAAAUUAUGCUGCCGUCCUCCUCGUCCGUCGCGGUGUCGCUGUUGGCUGAAGAGAACGAGUUCACCGCCCUCGCCGACGCCGUUGGCGAACUCGCCCCCGCCCCCGCAGCGCCCGCGACGGUGGUGCACACGGCAGCCGCCCACCUCCAGAGCCGAUCUCCUAGUGAGGCCGUCAGUCUGCGGCUACUCGCACUGCUGUAUCGGUACCCGCAGCUGCACACGCUGGAGCCGGUCACGGCGAGCCACGUGGACCUUGUAGCGAAGGAGCUGAACAAGGUCCUGCACAUCCUACAGACGGCGAUGCGGGGCCGUUUCGGCGAUGGGUGGUGGCUGCAGUGGCGCUCACGACGCGAGGGCGAGACGCAGCGCUGCUACGCACGCGCUCUGACGGAUGCACACCGCGGCGGCUACCCCCUCAGCUUUCCGGCAACGGCAUUGCCAUCGUCUUCCUCAAGGGCUGCAGGAGCACCUGGCGCUGCGGUGGUACCACCGGGGACAAUAGGCGUGUCCGCGGUGCAGCCGGACCCGUCCCUGCUUUUUGCCGGCGCUCGGCCUUGGCACGCCCCCGUCAAGCAUGAGCAGGGUACGGUGAACGCGUGGGGGCUAGACCCGGGGUGGUAUCAUGGCAUACCCCCGCCGUCUGCGCCGCCACCGUCCUCGCGGGCACACACGGUUCUCUCCGACCUGUGGUGCACGCACACCUUGAUGAUGCCGAAGGACGAGGGGCUGCGAAAACCUCUUCAAGGUCUGAGAGGGCACUUUACUGGCGCCACUACUUCGCCAGCGCCGUCCAGGGCAACGGCAGCCGCUGCGACAGACACCGCGUCUGUGUCCGCGGCAGCGAUGCACGGUGACGCGCAGGGGACUGGGAUGCUGCUCGAUGUAGACUGGGAUAUCCCGCCAGCCUACACGCCCGACGUCUCACUCGACUUCUCAGCCUUCACAAUGACGUCGGUGGAGACGCAGGAAAGCACGCGGCAGCUCGUGGAGUCUCUGCAGCAGCGAGAGCAGGCGCGUGGCGACGACGGUGACGGCGGUGACAGCGGUGACGACUCCGCAGAUGCGCCCGGCGUGUCGGUGCUGUCGCGUGCGUGUCGGCGGCUGCUGCACAGCGAGCUCCCACUGCUGCAGCAGUACAGCCCGUGGCGCGUCAUCUACAGUACACGGUUGCAUGGCAUUAGCCUAAGCACGCUCUUCGCCAACUGCCGCCGUGAGGCGGAGCGCCAGGCCCUCUCCGGCUACGCCGCCAACUCUGCACCGUCCCACACGCCGUCGGACUCUAAGCCGAUGCUGCUCAUUCUGGAGUUGCCGUCGUCGACAACGCUACAGUUCUCCGAGGAUGACGCCGGCGUGCAAGAGGCCUGGACCCACUCCGGCACGCCCUCCUCUACAAGUCACUCGGAUGCGCACAGGCGAACCGAUGGCGGCGGCGGCGGUGGCGUCCACCAUCGCCACAACAAACUCUUCGUUGGCGCCUUCCUCUCCGACUUGCUGCGGCUCGAGUCGCGGCGGUACUACGGCAGUCAAGCCUGUUUUGUGUUCCAGCUGCUCGUGCCUGGCACUGUUGGAGGCGAAGCGACCGCGUCCGGCGCGCCCGCUGCCUCGGCGGGGCCGCAGCUCCGUGUGCACCGCGCCACUCGCAGCAACGCGCAGUACAUCAACUGCCGCACCACGUCCAUCGUGAUCGGCGGUGGUGCGGGUGGGAGCAGCAUCUACCUUGACAACACCCUCUGCCACGGCGCGACAAGCGCGUGCGCCACAUUCGCGUCGCCGCCGCUGAGCACCUGGGUGUCGACUCCGCGCGAGGCGGCCGGGGACGGCGCCGAUGGCGAGAGCGCCAUGCACAGGCGGCAGGAAAGCUUGUGCGUCCUGAACGUCGAGGUCAUUGUGAUGGACACGUAG